AUGGUGUCUGCGGCAGCAGCUUUCCAGUACUCCGUUCUUGGCAGUAUUCCGCUUACAAUGGAAGAAUAUAUGGCUGGAAUAUCCUGUCCAUUACUUGAUGUUGAGGAAAUGUUAUUGCAGCAACGUGGUUCUAGGGAGGCUCCUUUUUCUGGAAUGGAUAAAAGUGGUCGCGGUGUAUGCAUUCGGAACGAACAAGGGACAUGCACAAUGGGACCUGUUUGUCCUUUGAGGCACAUCAUUGGCGAUAAAGCAUCACUAUUUCAGGCUGUUGUUUGUAAGCAUUGGUUGCGCGGUUUAUGUAAAAAAGGAGAUCAGUGCGAAUUUUUGCAUGAGUAUGAUUUAAGCAAAAUGCCUGAAUGCUUUUUCUUCUCCAAAUACAUGGCUUGUAGUAAUCGUGAAUGUCCUUUUCGACACAUUGAUCCUGAAAGUAAGAUAAAGGACUGCCCAUGGUACGAUCGUGGAUUUUGUCGUCAUGGUCCGUUUUGCAAACAUCGGCAUCGCCGUCGCGUCCUAUGUCCCGCAUACUUAGCAGGCUUUUGUCCGGAGGGUAAAGAAUGCAAAUAUGCUCACCCAUCUUUCAAUAUUCCUCCUGUAGAUUCAACCCAAAUUUUACGAGCACGCGGGCAAUAUAAUAUUGGGAUAGUUUGUCAUAAUUGCCAUGAAAGAGGCCACAAGGCGACAUAUUGUCCUCAUCUACCCACUCAAACUCAGUUACCAUUAUUGGACUCAUCUAAGGUGACUACUCAGUUAUCUCAGGAAUUAGCUGCGCUUUCCGAAAAGAAAGCUCUUUCAGAUGUUACGUGUUAUAAGUGUGGAGAAAAAGGUCAUUACGCAAAUCGUUGUCACAAGGGAUUAUUGGCAUUCUUGUCCAACACGGCAUACCUUGCUCACGAACAGCGUGAACGAGAUGAGAAAGAAGCCAAGUAA